UAUUCUGUAAUAAACAAAACUCAAGCUUUCUCUCUCCUCUUUCUUCUUACCUUGUUCGUCAACAAGAUCUGAUUCCAGAAUCAUCAUUACUAUUAUAUGAUAAACUCCAUUUCCAAUCAAUAACUGUUAGCUGAUUACUGGUGGACCAACUCAUUCAUUACAUAGUACUGAUUUUCUUCUGAAGAAGAAGAAGAUGGAGGAGCAGCAGUCUCAGCCGUUGAAUCCAGCUAGGAAUGUCGACGAACAGUCUAUGGAACGGAGCAAGAACUUCGUUGUGGCCUUGCAGGAACUCAAGAAUCUAGGGCCACAGCUCUACACUGCUGCAGAAUAUUGCGAAAAAUCAUACCUAAAUAGUGAACAUAAACAGAUGGUCUUGGAUAACUUGAAAGACUAUACUGUAAAAGCCCUAGUCAAUGCUAUUGAUCAUCUCGGUACAGUUGCAUACAAACUAAAUGAUCUCCUAGAUCAACAAGCUUUAGACGUUUCAUCAAUGGAAUUAAAUGCUGCCUGCUUGAAUCAGCGACUUUUAACAUGCCAAAUAUACACUGAUAAAGAAGGCAUGAGGCAACAACAAUUGUUAGCUAUCAUUCCAAGACAUCAUAAACAUUAUACAUUGCCAAAGUCUAUGAACAAGAAGGUCCAUUUUAGCCCACAAAUACAGACAGAUGUAAGACAAAGCCAUAUUCAAACAAUACCUCGUACACUCUCUGCAGGUACUGCUGCAAAAACUCUGUCUUGGCAUAUGGCAACAGAAACAAAAUCUACCUUAAAAGGAACACAACGCGUUGCUACGAGCAAUGGUGAUAUAAAAACAUCUGGCCAGAUUUCUGGGGUGUUUCAUUUAUCAAAUGAUGAAGAGAGUACUAGUACUACUAACCCUACUUUUGGUGGCAUGCAGAAGGUAUUAUAG